UCAUAGAUUAUGAAUUGUUUACUAUGAACCACUAGCUUCCAGAUAACUUCGUUGACCUAGUAUGCUAAAAACCAACCACCAUCAUAAAUCUUGUAAAUGAACUGUAUCAUUGCUUUAUUUUCAUUUUCACAAAAGCUGAAAGCAAAAGUAGUCUACCCCAUUUCUCCAAAUUGCGUUGUCUUCUUUCUUCUUCUUUUUUUUUUUUUUUUUUUUUUUUUUUUUUUGAUUUGGUAAUAGUAUCUGGUUAGAUAAUGAUGACUGUUGGAGAAGCUUUUCUCUCUGCAUUCCUUCAAGUGUUGUUUGACAGAUUGGCUUCCCGUGAGUUCAUAGGGUUACUACAAUACAAGAAGUUUGAUGACUUGCUGGAAAAGCUGAAAAUCACACUGCUGACUGUCACAGCUUUGCUUAAUGAUGCUGAGGAGAAGCAGUUCCAUAGCCCUGCAGUGGAGAAGUGGCUGCACAUGGCUAAAGAUGCCCUUUAUGAUGCAGAGGACAUGCUGGAUGAGCUUGCCACAGAAACUUUGAGAUGUAAGCUGGAAGCUGAAUCUAAGGCUGAGCCAAAUCAGGUAUGGAACUGGAACCUUAUUCCCAGUCCUUGCAAUACUCCAUCUAGUAGAGGUACCGGAAUGGAGUCAAAGUUGAAAAAAGUUAUUGAAAGGUUAGAAUUGAUUGCCAAAUAUAAAGAUGUUCUUGGUUUGAAAGACAAUGUUGGAGGGAGGUCAUCUGGGUUCAAAUAUAGGUUACCAACAACUUCAUUGGUAGAUGAAACUUGUGUCUAUGGCAGGGAUCAUGAUAAAAAUUUGAUAAUUGAGAUGCUACUCAUGGAUGGACCAAGCAAUAAAAUUGGUGUAGUUCCUAUAGUUGGUAUGGCUGGUAUUGGUAAGACAACUCUUGCUGAAAUUGUUUACAACGAGACCAGAGUAGAGAGUUAUUUUGAUUUAAGAAUUUGGGUUUUUGUGUCUGAUCAAUUUGAUGUAGUGAGGGUAACAAAAACAAUUCUUAGGUCAGUCACUUUGAAACAUACUGAUCUCAAUGACUUAAACCUGCUUCAAGUUAGUUUGAAAGAAAAAUUGGUUGGGAAGAGAUUUUUGCUUGUUUUAGAUGAUGUUUGGAACAAGAGAAAUAAUGAUUGGGAUCUCUUAUGGAAUCCAUUAAAGACUGGGGCCAAAGGAAGCAAAAUAUUAGUAACAACACGCAAUAGGGAUGUUGCAUCAAGCAUGGGGACAGUUCCUGCUCAUCAUUUGAAAGGUUUAUCAUUUGAAGAUUGCUGGCUAUUGUUCCGGAGUCAAGCAUUUGAGAACAGAAACAUUGAUGCUUAUCCACAUUUGGAGGCAAUUGGUAAAAAGUUUGUGGAGAAGUGCGAAGGCAUGCCCUUAGCAGCGAAGAGACUGGGAAUCCUGCUGCGCUCCAGACAAGAAGAGGAUGAAUGGAAAGAUAUACUGAAUAGGAAAAUAUGGAAUCUACCGGAUGAUGAAAGUGAUAUUCUUCAGAGUCUGAGACUAAGCUAUCAUCAUCUUCCAGCACAUUUGAAGCAAUGUUUUGCGUAUUGUUCAAUAUUUCCUCAGGAAUAUGAAUUUGAAAAGGAGACACUAGUUUUGUUAUGGAUGGCAGAAGGAUUUGUGCAGCAACCCACCAAAGGAAAGAAAAGAUGGGAAGAAGUGGGUGGAGAAUACUUUCUGGAGCUCGUAUCAAGGUCAUUCUUUCAAGAAUCUAUCAAUAAUAGAUCACAAUAUGUAAUGCAUGGCCUCAUUAGAGAUUUAUCUCAUUUUGUUUCUGGAGAAUUUUGUUUCACAUUUCAGGAUAAGCUGAAGGAUGGUAAUCAAAACAGAUUUUUUGAGAAGGCUCGUCAUUCCUCGUACAUUCGUGGCAGACGUGAUGUAGACUCAAAAUUUGAGGCCUUCAACGGAGUUGAAUGCUUACGCACCUUCCUACCAUUAGAUCCAAGUGGCACACUUGGAGUUAGCUAUUUGGCCAAUAAAGUCCCUCGUGAUCUCUUGCCAAAAUUAAGAUAUCUACGAGUGUUGUCAUUUAAUGCUUGUCGCAUCACUGAAUUACCAGAUUCCAUAGGUGAUUUGAAACAUCUACGCUACCUGGACCUUUCUCACACAGCAAUUAGAACGUUACCUGACUCAACAGCUACUCUUUACAACUUACAGACACUGAUCCUAUUAGAAUGCCGCUCUCUUGCUAAGUUGCCUGCAGAUAUGGGCAACCUAACAUGCUUACGGCAUCUCUAUAUUAGUGGGAGCAGGUUAAAAGAGAUGCCACAAAAUAUUUGUAAAUUGAAGAAUCUCCAAACAUUGUCUACUUUCGUAGUGGGUAAAGAUGAUGGGUCACGAAUGAGAGAGUUAAGGGACAUGCUGCAACUUCAUGGAUCACUUCUCAUUUCAGGCCUGCAAAAUGUUGUCAGUUUUAGUGAUGCAAUGGAAGCUAAUUUGAAGGAAAAGCAGGAACUUGAUCAGUUGGUAUUACAGUGGAGUAACAGCUUUGAAGCUUCAAUUAAUGAUGUGGAUGAAAAGGAAGAAUCUAAAAUGCGACAAAUUCUCAAAGUUGAGAAAGAUCUCAGCAUUACAGGUUAUAGUGGUCAUGGAUUUCCAAGCCUUAGGGAAGCCAUGAAAGCAUCUACACAAGAACGUGCCAAGCGACCAUUGAGACUGAGCAGCAGUUUGGAUGAUUCAAGAAAUGAAACAGUUGAAACAGAUGUUCUUGAGAUGUUGCAACCACACAAAAACAUGAAACAAAUUAUAAUCAAUGACUACGGAGGUACAAAAUUCCCAAGUUGGUUUGGAUCCCCUAUGUUCUUCAAUUUGAUUCUCCUAAGACUUAGUGGUUGUAGGAAGUGUAGUUGUCUACCCCAACUUGGGCAACUACCCUCUCUCAAAGACCUCACGAUUGAAGGAAUGGAAGGAAUAAAGAGAAUAGGCGCCGAGUUCUAUGGGGAUGGGUGUUCCUCUGCUAUGCCUUUUCCAUCCUUGGAGACUUUAAAGUUUGAUAACAUGUUACAAUGGGAGGAGUGGUCUUGUUCUGGAGUUGAAGGCUGGGGAGACUUUAAUAACCUGCAAAUAAUUGAAAUUCAGAAUUGUCCUAAACUAAGAAAACUCUCCCACCACUUACCGGCCUUGAAAAGAAUGAGUAUUAAGGGGUGUGAAGAAUUAGCAACUCUACCAAGGCUUUUGAUGGUUGAUGAUAGCUUAGAACAAGGCAGAGAAUUCCCAUGCCUCCUUGAGCUUUCUAUAUGUACAUGUCGUAACCUGAGGGAACUACCGCAUCUCUUUCCAUCUUUGUCCAUGCUUGUAGUAGAUGGAUGCCAAGAACUGGCAGAACUUCCAAGGCUUCCUUCAAUCCGUGAAUUAGAAGUAAAUACGUUUGAUGAGGGGCUGUUACAAAAUAUAGUUAAGCUCAACUCACUUAACUACUUGCGUAUAUGUCAAAUUUCCAAGCUCACAUGUUUUCUUGAAGGGUUUUUUCAACAGUUAACAGCUCUUGAAGAAUUACAGAUUGCUUAUCUUGGUGACCUUACAACUUUGUCCAAUGAAGUUGGGCUGCAAAAUCUCCAAUGCCUCCAAAGAUUGGAAAUUUUGGGAUGUCCAGUCUUAAAGGAGUUGCCACAAAGGUUAUACCAACUUUCAUCUCUCAAGGAGUUAAGGGUCUCAAAAUGUCCCUCGCUUGUGUCCUUUCCUGUACUAGGCUUGCCUUCUAGGCUCACAAGCCUUGAGAUCAAGGAUUGUGAGGCGCUACAGUUCCUACCUGAGUGGAAGAUGCAUAACAAUGAGAAGGCAACUCUUUUACUUAAAUAUUUGGUAAUUGAAGGUUGUCCUGCUCUCACAUAUUUACGACGAGACCAGUUUCCCAUCACGCUUAAACAUCUUGAAAUUGAUAACUGCAUGAAUUUGGAGUCAAUUUCAGAGCAAGUGAUUCACACCAAUGGCUGUCUUGAAUUCUUUAAAGUUUCUUGGUGUCAAUCUCUUCGGUCCUUCUCGGAAGGCACUUUUGGGUUGUCCACAGUCACCUACAGCACUGUUGUAAACUACCUUUAGCAAUUCAUUAUCAACAAUUGUACAAAUCUCGAGUCAUUACCUGGAGACCUGUACAACCUCAUAUGUCUCAAUUACAUAGAAAUAGUUGAAUGUCCACUUCUUCAGUCCUUUCCAGAAUCUGGCUUGCCAACCAAGCUGCAAUCAAUUAGAAUAUCCAAUUGCAAGAGUCUCAAGUCCCUACCAAAUCGGAUGUACAGACUCACAUCUCUUCAAGAACUACACAUUGAUGGGUGCUCAACUCUUGUAUCUUUUCCAGAGGGGGGGUUGCCAGCCAAUCUGUUGUCAUUAUCAAUCUUAGACUGUGAGAAUCUCAAGCCCUCAUAUGAAUGGGGACUGCACAGACUCACUUGUCUCCUAGACUUCUCCUUUGGUGGAUGUCGGGGGUUAAUAAAGUUUCCUGAGAAGUGGUUGCUGCCUACCAGUUUAUCCUCUCUUCAUCUUCAGAGACUUCCAAAUCUCAAAUCACUGCCCAAGGAAUUGGUAAACCUCACCAAUCUUGAUCAUUUGGAAAUAUGGGAAUGUGAUAAGCUUCAAACCUUGCCAGACGAAGGGCAGCCUCAAAUACUUCAAAGUUUAGAACUUUGGGAUGCCUUUUGAUAUAAAAUUUUCUUUUGGGGGUUUCGACUUAUGCAGUGCUCUUCACAUAGGUGGAAAAGGAGCCUGUAUGAAUACUUGAUGAGGAAAAAUAUGCGUACUUCCACAUAUGAUAUAGUGUCAACAUUUUGAAGUUUGGAAAGUGAUCACCACUUAUGCAACUAUCUAGUAUCUGGAAAGUUCCUUAGAAAAGGUGCUGAAAUUGUUCAAGAUGUAACAUGUUAAGAUGAGGAGAUUGCUUGGACUGAGGGGAAGAUUUUGUUUGUCUAGAAAGCAUAAACACUUCAUCUAGGGUGUCAUACCAGUGUCGAACCAUUCAUGUCAAUGUUCAAAAAUUGCUAGUGUCACCAUAUCGUACCCGUACCCAUACUCAUGUCUGUACUUCCUAGUUUUUUUUUGCAUUAGUCCAAACUCCAGAGUCUCUUUCUUUGGAAAGAAUGGAAUCUCUUUUUAGGGUGGUGGUAGAAGUUUUCAGUUUGUAAUAGAAGUAGUAGAGCGGGAUGUUAGGCGUGGGAGUAAAAGUGAUCUGUUGCGUUGAUACAUCAUCUACACAUAAAUUGUGAUGCGAAAGAUUGUGAAGUAUGGUAUUUUGAAUCUGUCAUCAAAUGCAUAUGCUGGAAAGGCCAAGUAUUCAGUCAAAAGUCUUUGACUAA